CGCGCAUAUGAGGGAAGUCAGUAUCUCGAACAGGGGUGAUGCGGAAUGCUGAGCGGCAUCCAGCGUCCUUGAGAAUCGAGUUCCAUGUCUCUUCACCCUCGACAGGAUCCUGGAGAGCCUUGCGCAGAUCCUCCUUCUCAGAAGGAAUCAAUGUUGUGGCUAGAGGGUUAAUCUUCUUGACCAGAUAUCGCUGAAGCUUCUCGAUAUCCUGGGUAGCAACAUAAAAGCCCACCACGUACACCUCGAUGCCAAGGAAGGUCACUGUCCUUGUUCCCAAACCAACCAGUGUGAAUUCUGUGCCAUGCUUGUCCGUUACAGCGGCAGCAAUCGGGCCAGCGACGUCGCCUGCUGCUCCAGCAUCUUCAACUUCUAACCUUCGAGGGAACAGUUUGACGGUCUUGUUGCCCGUAGGAACAACCUCAUUUCCAUCUUCAUCGUGAAUAACCACUUUUCGCUUCUCGCCCGCUUCGGUCUUGAAGAUUUCUGUCGGAACUUCAGUAUCGCAUUUGAUAGCAGUCUUCUCUUUUUCUCCUUGAGCUUCAAUGGCCUUCUUCAAUUUCCAUGCAGUGUAGACGAAGGAAACGAUGCCGGCAAUGGCACCAGCAGCUAGAAAAGCGGUGCGGUUCUGUUCGUAAUCUCGUCGCUUCGAAUUGAGCUGAUUGACAUCGAGGUCAUCGGUUAGACGGUUCGAUCGCUGGGAGAAUAGAGUCCUUCGGGUUGUUAGAGCGAUGGCGCAUCUAGUGUGGGCUGAUGCGCGAAGCGCAGGGCGGAAAGUUGAGGGACGGAGCAUCGUGGCGCUCGCGACGUAAUGUCGAACAGACCAACGACAAGCAAAUUGAAAUAGCAAAGUCUCCUUAAUCAACUACAGCAAGAAAAUGAGCUUGGUGGUGAUGGUCUGAGUUGCUAGUCAGGUACGUGGAAGAGUUCCAUACCAUACGGAACAUACGGGUAAACCUAAUCCGAGGAAAUUCAAUGCCCGCUUGCGGGGGCCCACAAAAUACAUCGCCAAGAUCAAAACCAUCUACGUCAGCGAUGCCAUCGUGAGGGGUCUUACCCUGUACCUUGAGUUUUUAGAGGAUCGAGAUGCUUUAACGAUGAGUUGUCACGGGCGUUGGAUGUGGUCAGAAGAUCUGUGUCGCUUUCAAAGAGACUGGCUAUUGGGCAGUUAUAUGAUAUGAUAGCUCCGAAGCCUCGUUUACAUCUUUAACGUGAUAAGUACCCGUUGAAACGUUGAAGCGUGUAUCAGCGUGACAUUUGUGUCAUGUGAAACUCAAUUACCAAGAUGGAAUUGUUGACGAAUCUAUGCCCUUCCUAUCAUGCAUGCGUAGCAACAAAGAUGUACAUUAUUUCCUAUCCUUGUCGUAGAUACAAUAUAUGCGUCUACUUGCAUCCUCAUAUCCAUUUAUCAUCGCGUCGUCUAUUAAUGGCUCAAGCCACCUGCACGGCGGGUAUUGAUUCGUCCUUUCAACCUGUGAACCUCAAAUCAGAACAUUGAUCACACCUCCUUCAUGUACCUGAUCCCAUGUCAGUCAUCUUCCCCGCAGCAACAACAGAUACGGUAGACAGAAAGACAUGUUGACUGAGGCGUGAGCCAGGCAUGCGGUUGACUGAAACAUCAAUCAUUCCUCGCAUUGAACCUGACUCCAACACACGCAUCAUCAUCAUCAAGAAACAAGACCAACAUCAAGAACAAAACAAAGACCUGCUGCCCUCAAACCCCUGACCUAACCAGUCCUGACAUCCAUACCAAAGAAACCCCACUACGGACAUCCCGCCCGACUACGACGUAGGAGGAGAUCCAGAUUCUAGGCUGGGGGAUCAACUGGCCUGGGCUCACCCAAUCCAUCCUCUAUCGGGUUCGGUCUCAUCAAGCUCAGCGCUUGUAAAAAAGGGCCAUCCGCCAUCGUAGCGCACGACAGCGGCACUUUUACAGGGGACGCGGCUGAAACCAGCAAAAUAAACACAAACGCCUUUUCGAUCCGUGUCUCUGCUCCAUCCCCUCUCCUCGGGGAAUACUUGGGCGUUAUCAAUCAUUUGGCUGUGUCAUCAGUGCUGUCUUCCCUGCUUUUUAAGUACCGCAGCCGCGCCCAACCUGACCCUGGCACUGGCAAGACUGGAGCCCAGCAUCCAAAAACGUCCGCCCCAUUUGGCUGCCCUGCCUUAACUUAUUACCUUACCUCACCAAAUCAAAGCCAACAAACUCCCAGCACCAAAACAUCAUCAUCACCUUCAUCGCAAGUCGCGAAACACGCCUUUUUGGCAUGAAAGGACCUUUUUGACCUGUAUACUUAUCCACGCAUCUCCCGAUUGCUCGCUGCAUGCCUGCACACACCCACUGCUUGCUGUCCCUACGAUAAACAGUCAUCCGCUACCGCUGCUUAAGAAUCACCCUUGUGAUCCCUGAACUCCGCCUGAACUCUGCCCAAACACUGAAAAAAGCCACACUGAAAGCGCUUCUUUGACCGUGUUUGCGUUUUCAUCUGAAGCGCUCCUCCCUCAAUACCGAAAAUAUGGCCGCUGCCGCCGCUGGCCCUGCCUCUCGGCAGAGUCCUGCAACCGCCGACGAGCAGGAAGAUUCUCGAUCGUCAUCCUCGUCAACUUCCCCCGCGCCCGCCGAUAACGAAGAGUCCGAUUUCUUUCUUGGAGCCAACGACUCCCAGUCAAGCAUCGGAGUCCCCAACUUUCAAGAUAUGCAGGUGGAAGAUGCUUGCCAACCGCCCGUCCAUCGGUUGCCCAACGAGAUCCUCAUCAGCGUGUUUGCCAAAUUGAGUUCCACCUCCGAUCUGUUCCACUGCAUGCUGGUUUGCAAACGCUGGGCUAGAAACACAGUCGAUCAACUCUGGCAUCGACCAGCGUGCACGAGUUGGAAGAACCACGGCAGCAUUUGCCAAACGUUGCAGCUCGACAACCCGUCUUUCAGAUAUCGCGACUUUAUCAAGAGACUAAACCUCGCCGCCCUUGCUGACAAAAUCAGCGAUGGCAGUGUUAUGCCCCUCGCAGUCUGCAGUCGGGUGGAACGUCUGACACUUACGAACUGUCGCAACCUCACCGAUUCCGGACUUAUCGCCCUUGUGGAGAAUAGCACCUCGCUGCUGGCACUCGACAUCUCCAACGACAAGAACAUUACCGAGCAGUCUAUCAACACCAUCGCCAAGAACUGCAGUCGCCUUCAAGGACUCAACAUUUCUGGCUGCGAGAAUGUCUCCAACGAGAGCAUGAUCAACUUGGCAACAAGCUGUCGCUAUAUUAAGAGACUGAAGUUGAAUGAAUGUAGCCAGCUCCAAGACGACGCUAUCCAUGCCUUCGCCGAAAACUGUCCCAACAUCCUCGAGAUCGACCUCCACCAGUGCAAUCGCAUUGGUAACGGCCCUAUAACUUCUCUUAUGGUCAAGGGCAACUGUCUCCGAGAGCUACGACUUGCAAGCUGCGAACUAAUCGACGACGAUGCUUUUCUGUCUCUACCCUCUGGACGACUAUUUGAACAUCUCCGCAUUCUCGACCUCACAUCCUGCGUGCGUUUGACAGACGCUGCUGUCCAGAAGAUUAUUGAUGUCGCACCUCGCCUUCGCAACCUUGUUCUUGCCAAGUGCCGAAACAUCACUGAUGUAGCCGUUCAUGCUAUCUCGAAGCUUGGUAAGAACCUGCAUUACGUGCAUCUGGGUCACUGUGGCAAUAUCACCGACGAAGGUGUCAAGAGAUUAGUACAGAACUGCAACCGCAUUCGAUACAUCGAUCUGGGCUGCUGUGUCAACUUGACAGAUGAGAGUGUGAAGCGCCUUGCUCUGUUGCCCAAGCUGAAGCGUAUUGGGCUUGUGAAAUGUAGCUCCAUCACCGAUGACUCAGUCUUUCAUCUUGCUGAAGCCGCAUUCCGCCCCAGAGUACGACGAGAUGCCAGUGGCAUGCUCGUUGGCAACGAGUACUACGCCUCGAGUCUCGAGCGUGUUCAUCUGAGCUACUGUGUCAACCUUACCCUCAAGAGUAUCAUGAAGUUGCUCAACUCAUGCCCUCGAUUGACCCACUUGAGUUUGACUGGAGUUGCUGCUUUCCAGCGUGACGACUUCCAGCCAUACUGUAGACAAGCACCCCCGGAAUUCACCCAACACCAGCGAGAUGUGUUUUGCGUCUUUUCCGGCGCCAUGGUAUCCAAAUUCCGUGAUUUCCUCAACACUUCACCACAAUUCGAGGACCUUUGGGAUAUGCACAGCUGGAACCGAACAGCAGUCUACCCCGGACAACGGCAACGUGCUUCCGUAAUGCAGCCAACAGCCAAUGCCGGAGAUGGAGCCGACGAUGAGAUGGUUGAUGAUGACAAUGAUUUCGAGGGUCUGGACGGCAGCGAGAUGGUCGUGGAUGCACAGGCACAGAAUCCGGCCAACGGCAACGGAACGAUAAAUCCCAACUCUCUUAUGAAUCACGGAUUUCAACAAGCUAUUCCCAUACCGCCUCCACCUCCUAGCAUCCCAACAGGUCAGCUCCCUCCAUUCUUUCCGACGUUCGCCCGCUUCCUGCCUUCAUCGUCACUCAUACGACAGGAACCAGGAUUGCUUGAGCCAUAUUUUAAUCAGAGCAGAAUUAACAACCUACUAGAAGGCGGAUCGCCACAGCAUACCACUAGCCAAGCCAGCGCAGCACCUCUUGGACACGGGCAUCCAGGGAACGGGGAAUCCUCGACCGGCGCAAGCACUGCGACUAUCCACCGACCCCAAGAGAACGGUGACCAAUCUGACGCCAUGAAUUGAAUGACCGACACUUUGCUUUAGCUCUAGAAAUGACACCAUCGGAUUCUUUUCGUCGUUCACUUUCCCUGUUCAUGGUAAGAUCGCUCGACUACAGCGAGAGACCCAACUAACCGUCACCAGCAUUAGAUUAUACACGCUUUCGCUUACGUACGCAAUGGCUAGAGGACACAGGAGUGCAUAUGGAGUUUUGUGUUUAGCAUGCCGUGAUUUUCGGCGACGACUUUUGACGGCAAAGACCAAGAUACCACAGGACAAAGAAGGAAGCGGGAGGCAUGACAAUGAGAACUCACGUGCUUUGGUUUUAAGCCCUUGAUAGGAGUAUAAAGGACCCCUGAGGAAACGGUUUGUAGGGGCUGUAAUUUAUGACAAUCAAAUAUCAACGGCCAAUGGGUCUAUAUGCUUAUUCAUGAUUCUGCAGUAACCUCUCGAAGUGGUAGUGAGAAGUGGCAUGUUUGUGACCGUUCGGCCUGUUUAUGCUUACACAGUGGCUUGUCAACGCGCGAGUGACGCUCAAGAUACACAACACGCAUCUUCCAC